AUGAGCGACGCCGAAGGAAGCAGCAAGAAGCGCAGCGCGAGCACGUACGAAGAGCGCAUAAAGCACGUGUCGGUGAUUGCCAAGCCAUUGGCGACGAAAAAGCAGACCAAACGUGCGUAUAAAGUGCUGAAGAAAGCCACAAAGGUCAAAGGCAUUCGACGUGGCGUCAAGGAAGUCGUCAAGAGCAUCCGAAAGGGCGAGAAGGGCGUGUGUGUGAUUGCGGGCGAUAUCUCGCCGAUUGACGUGAUCUCGCACAUCCCGACGCUGUGCGAGGAGAACGACAUUCCCUACAUCUUUACCCCUUCCAAGGUGGAUCUGGGCGCGUCGGCGUUGUCCAAGCGGCCUACUAGCUGCAUAUUGAUCACACCCAACAAGGCGGGCUUCAAUGUGCAGGAAGCGUACAAUGAGCUGCUUGAAGACGUCCAGCAGGUGCAGCCAACGUAUUAG